AUGGCAAACGAAGACCAGGCCAAAACGGCCAAUGAAAAGGCUACAGCGAGAGCUUCGCAGCUAUCUGCACAUCUGUCGUCCACGAACGACGAGAACGGAACUCCACCCAAUGCCGGUCGACGUCGACGUCGGAAGGAGAAGGAUGACGAGUUACCGGCUGACUAUAGCGACAUUCUGGGCCAAUUGAAAACCCUUCGGAAGAUGGCUGAUACCCCAAACAAUGAACGACGAGGAUACAUCCGACAGAAGCAAUCCGGAAAACUAUGGGUCCGCGAACGAGUAUACAAACUACUCGAUCAAGGAUCGUUCAAGGAAAUCGGAGGUCUAACUGGAAAGGUCAAAUGGAAGCAGCUCGGCGGUGAGCGUGAGGAGCCCGAAGACUACACGCCUCACAACAACGUUCAGGGUUUUGGCAAGUUGAACGGGAGGCAAAUCGUAUUCACAGCGGACGACUUCAGUAUUCGUGCCGGCCAUCAAGAUGGGCAUCUUAUGGCGAAGACACUGUACACCGAACAACUUGCGAUCAGCAUGAAGUUGCCAAUGGUCAAGCUGACGGAUGGAUCUUCCGGUGGCGGCAGCAUCACAUCGAUUGAGUCGAGCGGUUUCUCUUAUGUCCCGCCGAUGCAGGGCUUUGACAUCGUAGCGAAGCAGCUGAACAUGGGCAUUCCCAACCUCGGAGCUGUCCUCGGGCCGGCAAUCGGGCUGGGAGCAGCUCGUGUGGUGUCUUGCCAUUUCUCAGUGAUGGCCGGGGACAUCGGCAGCUUGUUCAACGCCGGACCAUCGGUCGUCGAGAAGGCAACAUUUGAAGAAGGACUCAGCUUCACUGAUCUCGGCGGACCGGCAAUGCACUGCACGAACGGAACCAUCGACAACUUAGCAGCGGAUGAGGAAGAGUGCUUUGAGCAAAUCCGGACCGUACUGGGCUAUCUGCCGAAUUGCGGGACUAAAGUGCCUCCGGUCGUACAAUGCGAAGAUCCAGUAGAUCGUGUCAGCACAGAACUCAGGACGGUGAUUCCCAGGAAAAGAGAAAGAAUGUACGAUCCGCGAAAGGUCAUCACCACAGUUGUCGACGCCGGAAGUUUCUUCGAAAUUGGCCACCUGUGGGGUCGAACGGCCAUCGUCGGGUUGGCGAGACUGGGCGGGAGACCUGUGGGCAUCAUCUCGAACAACGCAGAAAUACUCACCGGCGCUAUUGACGCAGCCGGCUCGCAGAAGUUGACGAGACACCUGAAGUUCUGCGACAUCUUCAACCUUCCGAUCUUGCAAUUUGUCGAUGUUCCAGGAUACGCGGUGGGCACGGUGGCCGAGCGGACAGCAACAAUGAGAUGGGGAGUCGAGCUCACCAAGGCAUACUACACGACCACAGUACCGAUAUUCAGCGUCAUCAUCCGGAAGUGCUUCGGUGUAGCGGGCGGUGUGAUGGUUGACUGCAGAACUCCACGUACUCGGAUCGCAUGGCCCUCUGGCGAGUGGGGGAGUUUGCCGCUGGACGGCGGCAUUGAAGUUGCGCAUUCGCAUGAGUUGCGCCAGAUUGAAAAGGAGAAGGGCGUGGAGGCGAAGAACGAGAGGUACAAGGAACUGCAGACGAUGUAUCGGCGGUUGAUGAAUCCAGUGAGGACGGCGAAUCACUUCAGCGUAGAGGACAUCAUCGACCCGGCAAAGACCAGAGGAUUGGUCGCGGAGUGGCUGAGGAUGGUGUACGAUGCGGAAUUGCCGGAAAGAGUCAUGCACAGGAUGUGUGGGAAGCUGCAGCCAGUCUAUGCUUAG